AUGGAGAAAACGAAGGAAACGAUUAAAGAGGGGCCAGUGGAAGUGGAAGUGGGUGCUGCUGAGGCUGAUAAACUUAUUAUGGCCAAAAGAAGAGACGAAGAGAAGCGACUAACCGAGGAGGACGAGGAAGACAAUGAGCCCAUCGAUGCAUCUGCACCAAAUAGUGCGGGUAGAAGUACUGAGAAAGCAGAUAAAGGAAAUAGCAGGGGUAUUAAUUUAUUAUCAGGAGUUUCUACUCAGAAGAGACGUAUUAAGCAAAGCAGGGGAACACGUGAGAAUGGUCUCUUUUUCUCACGUGAUCGAGGAGAUGGGCUUAACAAGGAUCAUCGAGAUGGAGAAAACUCGCUUAAAAAGGAGCUUUCUGCUGUACUUGCCACUACUACGAGUCUUCCAAGGAAGCCAGCAUGGAUGCCAGAAGAGCAGUAUAAAAAGCAAUUAGAGUCUAUCGAAGUGUACACUGCACCAGAGCAGGAGUUGAAGCGGAUUAAAGUAGAAGACAAGAAAUCAUUGGGCCGAAGGUCUGCCGUUCCAUCUCAUCCAAUCAGUAAAAAGGAACAUGAUGUGAUCGUCAGAAACUUCUAUAAUGAUCAAACUUAUCGUUCCCGGCGUCAAAAGAGGACGGAGUCAAAGAUCUACAAGUUAAGAUCAUUCAAUAAUUGCAUCAAGUACAUUCUUAUCAGCAAGUACGCUACCAGAGGCGGAAACGUCUUGGAUUUAGGAUGUGGAAAAGGUGGAGAUCUGGCGAAGUGGGGCUUGACCCAGAUCUCGUCCUAUGUGGGCAUCGAUAUCAGUGAUCAGUCAAUUAAGGAAGCCAUUCAUAGAUAUAGAAAAUCACGGUGUCAAUUCCAUGCGAUAUUUGCUACUGGGGAUGCAUUCAAUACGCAAGUGCCGGAAAUCGUGGCGCCUUUCAAGAAUGAGGUAAACCUACAAUUUGAUACGGUAUCCAUGCAAUUCUGUCUUCAUUAUGCAUUUGCGAAUGAGGAAACUGCGCGUAGAAUGUUGGAAAACGUAUCUAGAUCAUUGAAGCUUGGAGGCAUGUUCAUAGGAACCAUUCCUUCAUCGGACUUUAUCCGGUGGAAAAUUAAACGUUUGCAUUCUGGAUCCAAAAAAUGGGGUAAUUCGCUCUACGAGGUAGAGUUUCCCGAGCCUCCACCUAGAGAUGGACAGUUCCCAAGUCCAUUUGGUAACAUGUAUACAUACUACUUGGUUGACGCUGUGGAUCACGUGCCAGAGUAUGUUGUGCCAUUUGAGAAGUUGAGAUCUCUAUGCGAGGAAUACAAUUUGGAACUCAGGUACAAGAAAAACUUGUUUGAAUUGUUCAAUAAGGAAAUUCCCAAAUAUUUCCAUCUGCUACCACCUCCACUAGUGGAAUCUCUCAAGCGUUCCGAUGGAACUUAUGGUGUUAGUGGAGAGGACCGAGAUGCAUGUUCAUUCUAUCUUGCAUUUGCUUUCGAGAAGACAAGUUAG